AGGGAGAGAGAGAGGGAGGAAGCAGUGGAGGAACAGUCGGUACAGACCUCAGCAGCAUCAUGGCACCUAUCGGAUUAAAGGCGGUGGUCGGCGAAAAGAUUAUGAAUGAUGUCAUCAAGAAGGUGAAGAAGAAGGGAGAAUGGAAGGCUCUGAUCGUAGACCAGCUGAGCAUGAGGAUGUUGUCCUCCUGCUGCAAGAUGACAGACAUCAUGACAGAGGGCAUCACCAUUGUGGAGGACAUCAACAAGCGGCGAGAGCCUCUGCCCAGCUUGGAGUCCAUCUACCUGAUUACACCCACAGAGAAGUCCGUCCACACCCUCAUCGCAGACUUCAAAGACCCUCAUUCAGCCAAAUACAAGGCAGCCCAUGUCUUCUUUACCGACUCCUGCCCUGAUCCUUUGUUCAAUGAGCUGGUAAAGAGCCGUGCUUCUAAAACCAUCAAGACUCUGACAGAGAUCAACAUCGCCUUCUUGCCCUAUGAGUCCCAGGUGUACUCUCUGGACAAUGCAGAUGCCUUCCACAGUUUCUACAGCCCCCAUAAGACCCAGCUGAAGAACCCUGUGAUGGAGAGGCUGGCUGAGCAGAUCGCCACACUCUGUGCCACCCUGAAGGAGUACCCAGCUGUCAGAUACAGAGGUGAGUACAAGGACAACGCCACCCUGGCUCAGCUGGUUCAGGACAAACUGGACGCCUACAAGGCUGAUGACCCCACCAUGGGAGAGGGUCCAGAUAAGGCUCGCUCUCAGCUCAUCAUCCUGGACAGAGGCUUUGACCCCGUUUCCCCCGUCCUGCAUGAGCUCACCUUCCAGGCUAUGGGCUACGACCUGCUGCCCAUUGAAAACGACGUCUACAAGUAUGAGACCAGCGGCAUCGGAGACUCUCGUGAGAAGGAAGUCUUGCUGCAUGAAGACGAUGACCUGUGGGUGAGCCUGAGACACAAACACAUAGCUGAAGUGUCCCAGGAAGUGACACGCCAGCUGAAGGAUUUUUCUGCUAGCAAGAGGAUGAACACUGGAGAGAAGACCACAAUGAGGGAUCUGUCCCAGAUGCUGAAGAAGAUGCCUCAGUAUCAGAAGGAGCUCAGCAAGUACUCCACCCAUCUGCAGUUGGCUGAAGACUGUAUGAAGCACUACCAAGGAACAGUGGACAAGCUUUGCCGUGUGGAACAGGAUCUGGCUAUGGGCACAGACGCUGAGGGAGAGAAGAUCAAAGACCCCAUGAGGGCCAUCGUGCCCAUCCUGCUGGAUGCCAACGUCAGCACAUAUGACAAGAUCCGCAUCAUCCUGCUCUACAUCUUCCUUAAGAACGGCAUUACAGAGGAGAACUUGAACAAACUGAUCCAGCACGCUCAGAUCCCCCCUGAGGACAGUGAGAUCAUCUCCAACAUGGCUCACCUGGGAGUCCCCAUCAUCACAGACUCCACCCUCCGUCGAGGAAAGAAGCAGGACAGGAAGGAGCGUGUGAGCGAGCAGACCUAUCAGCUGUCCCGUUGGACACCACUGGUCAAGGACAUCAUGGAGGAUGCUAUUGAUGAUAAGCUGGACACCAAGCACUACCCCUACAUCUCCACCCGCUCCUCUGCCUCCUUCAGCACCACUGCAGUCAGUGCCCGAUAUGGUCACUGGCAUAAGAAUAAGACACCUGGAGAGUACCGCACUGGACCACGUGUCAUGGUCUUCAUCAUCGGAGGCGUGUCCUUCAGCGAGAUGCGCUGCGCCUAUGAGGUCACACAGGCUAAUGGGAAGUGGGAGGCCAUCAUUGGUUCCACCCACUUGCUCACCCCCACCAAAUUCUUAUCGGACCUGCAGCACCCCGACUUCCGAGAGUCCACUAGGGUGUCCUUUGAGGACGCAGAUGCCUCAGCCGAGUGAGGCAGAGACAGAUUGGGAGGGAGGGAGAGAGAAAUCACACUGAAAAAAGAUCGACCAGCAUCUUCACCCCCACCACCCUGCUGGAGCAGCUCAAGACCAUGAACAAACCAGACGAGGAAGUGACAAGCUAAAAUCCUCCUAUAACAUCUCUCUCCUCCUCACCUUAACCCCCCGUUCCCUUUACCCAUCCGCCCCCCUCUCCUCCUCCCUUAACAACCCUUCGUUAAUGUGUAUGCAUCUUGCUUGAGAAGAAAAAAAGACAUCUUAGAUGAUGAAAAUUAUAUGUUGUAUCAAAGAAUAAAACUGUUGCAAGUAUUCUCACGUUUUACAAUGGAUGCAACUAAAUGAACUUAUUUAAAUAGGUUUAAAUAUCACGACAGAAGGCCAUUUAAAACUGAAAGUACCAAAAUGUAAUAUUGUAUGCUAAGAAACCUGCUAGAAUGUGUAAAGGUAGACAUAUCUUUUCUUGAUUCCUUUGGGUUUCCUCCUUGCUGUGAGUUUUAUUCAAGCCAGUGGAGGAGGGAUGUGCAGCUUGAGAGGUUGGUGUUGUAAAAUAUAUCAUAUCAGUCAACAUGCAAUAUAUUUCAAUAUACUUAUCAUCAGAGAGGACCUCCCGAGCCCCCGCCUUUUUGAGAUGUUCGUAUUCAGUAGCAUGCUUGGACUUGUGUGGACUGUUAAUGUGUUCGUAUCCAGUGUGGAUGUUCUGGGAGCCGCAGAGUUAGCAUUUAGCUUUUUCCUUAAUGUAGGCCUAAAUACCCAAGUGAAAAGCUUUGUUUUGUGUAUCAAAACAAAAACAUGCUUUUAGAUAUUUUUUGCAGUGGUCAAGGCUUUAUUGUUUGUGUUGCCACAGACUAAAGACAACUAGGACUAUGCAACACUAAAGUUAUCAGUCUUUGCUUUUCCCUCAUUGUGGGUGAACAUCUGUUGAGGAGGACACCCUGUUUGGCCUUUUUGGACAAUGUAAAAGUCGGGCAAAAGUGCAAGUUUCCAAAUAAGCACUAAUUGUAAUUGUAGUGAUAAGCUAAAGAGAUUAUCUCCAUCCAUUUGUUUGCUUUUCCAAUGGCUGCAGUCUUAGCAAGUCAUCCCACUCCCCAGCGACAUUUCCCACCUCCUCUUGGGGAGUUCCAUGUGUUCCCAGACUGAACAGGAUAUAAAAUCCCUCCAGAAAGUUCUGUGUCUACCCUGAGGUCUCCUGCUAGUUAAACAAGCCUUGGAGACCUCUGAAGGGAGGCAACCAGGAAGCAUCCUGAUGCCUGAACCACAUCAAGAUCUCACUCUUUUGGUUUAAUCCAAAGCUUGUGACCAUAGGUGAGAGUUGGAACGAAGAUAGAUCAGACCUUUGUUGUGUAAGCUUUUAUAUUUGAAGUCACAAAGGCAACAUAAUGCAAUAUAGCUUUGUUCCCAGUGUUUGACACUCAAAACAUACCUUUUCAGUAAAGUAUUUGGUUUCUACCAGGUUGGGCAGAUGUUAGAAAUAGAGAACGCUCUGUAAAAAGCCAGAAUGGUCCCUCCUCCGGCUGUUGAGACUGUAAAGUAUUUCCUUAUCACGACAUUUUCCUUUCUCUGGACAACCUUCACGUUUUAAUGUCAAAGAGGCUGUUGCUUGCUGAUAUUUAUGAAUAAUCCUACAGGGCCAGUUGUAUUUCAGUAUUGUGUCAGAAUAAGUCUUAUCUUUGGUUAGUAAUGAUGUUUAAUUGGGCCAUGCACUGAGUAGUGUUGUGUAUAUGCCAUAUGUUGCUGUUUUAGCGUCUCACUGUUGACUGGUGAUAUUUCUAACUGUGAAGUAGUGAUCCUUUUCCUUUGAAAAUGCCAAUGUGAAGCCUCCGUGUUUGUGAUGUUUAGCUCUAGCUGUUAGUCGUCAACUGGGAAAAAAGAACUAAUAUCUACAUUUUCUUUGUCUGUUUCCUCCUCUGGUGCAAUGUAAAACCCUCUAAUGGUGAAUGGCUUUGCAAAAAAGAUUGAACACUCACCCUUUUCACUUUUUUUCCUCCUCCCUCCCUUCAUUCCUGGCCAAACAAGUUGUAUAUUGCACUAUAAUGCGUUUUCUGUGAUGCAGACGCUUGACUUUGUUUAUUUUUUUUCUAUUAUAAUUUGCUGUUGUAUAGGAUUUACUCUGUCAGAUCAAUUGAUUUAUUCAGAAAGUCAAAUUAUUUAUCAGAGAAAAAAUAAUAAUGAUACAUUAGUCUGUCCUCAAACUGUUUAACUUAUUGGGAUUGUAUGUUUGCGAGUGUUGAAGCACAAACAAUACUUCCAUGUGUACCUAAUAUGUAAGGC